CACUCCCUCUCUCCCUUUCUGUCCUAUCACCUCUCUCCUAUCACUUCUCCUUCUCUCGUUCCCUUCAUUUGCKGAUGGCGGUGGAGUGAGGUGGCUGAGGACUAGUAUGUGUGUGAGUGCGUGGAAGGACACAUCCUCCCCURGGAGAGAAAGAGAAAACAGAGAAAGAGAGAGAGGAAGAAGAAGCAGCUGCUCUCCAGUAACAGGGUAAGAGCAGCUAACUCCAGUCUCCUGUCAUGGAUACUAACGCUGGGGAAGUGGAGGACUCAGGAGAAGAGCUUACAGGGAGGAAGACGUCUCGGUUCAAGCUGCUGAAGAGUCGUCUGUUUGGCCGUSUGAAGAGGAAGGAGACUGAAGGACUGAUGAAGCAGAGCCAGUCCGCCAGUGAUGUCACUGCUGAUGUCAUAGCUCCGGGGGACGACGACUCAGAGGAUGACUGUUUGGGCGGUCCAAAUACACUGGGGUCCAGAGCUCUGUCACAUGACAGCAUCUUCCUGGCUGACCAAUCACAGAGCUCCUCUGAGCCGACGAGGGUUCUGUCUCAGGAGAACGUACACYGCAGGAUAKGAGAACUGCAGGUGAAURCGUAGGUGGYAGGGUCCUUAUAGUCUAAUCUACUGUUGUGAUUGGUCCCGGAGUYUGCUCAUCACACAUGCACUGUUUCUGAUUGGGCAGCUGAAACUGCAGCYGCAGAACAUGUGUCUGGGCRCUCCCCCCUUGCUGAUCCCUGGAAAGAGAAUGGAAGAUUCCGGAGCCACCUCUGAGGAUGAUGGUUUACCCCAGAGCCCUCCAGAGAUCUUGUUCCAUGACCGAACAGCACAGGGGCCUUCCUACAAGUUCCCUAACACUCACAGGCACCAUAGCUCUCUGAGUUUAGCAGGGACAGGAAGUGAGGAGGAGGAGCAGUGCCUCUCCCAGCCCUCCUCCCGUCCUCUCUCCCCGAAUCCUGCUUCCCCCUGUGAUCCAGAGCCCUCCCCUGCAYUGGACUUCACCAGCCCAGCCCAGUACACUCCUAGCCUGGACAGCUCUGCCGCCCGUCACCGRAUGUCUGUUAAACCCAGGAACCAGAGGGCCAGCGCCAAGGGAKGGAAAGGUCCCCUGAGAGCAAGCAGACURGGCUCAGAGAGCCUGAGUGACCUGGACCCWGACCAGCCCCWGUCUGAGAGGGAGGAAGAGCAGGAUGGAACGGAGGACYAGGACAGAGAGGAAGAGGAGGYGAGGGAGCGACCGUUCUCUUCAUCUCCAAAAGACUCUGAGGAGAAGCCCUGGCAGUCAGUACCCCCUGGUGGUCAGAAAGAGGUAUUACAGAGACAAGUGUCCUCUGAGACAGAGGGACGUGUCACCACCAACCCUCUCUACCUCCAGGCUAUGACCUCUCCUCUACCAGAACCCAUGACCAAGACCUCCAUCCUGGAGACCCCGAGCCUGCCCACUCCCCCUUCAGCAGCAGUGGAGGAGCCACAGAAGCCCCCGSAACCUAUCCGGGUCAAACGCCCAAGAACUCUCAUCCAGGAUAAUUCAGACCAGGGAAGURGGCCUGGGUCUACAUCUGAAAAGACCCUCUCCAGGCCUCUCAGUCCUGUCUAUGGAUCAGAUAAUGUCACUUCCACCACAAAUCAACUGCCAUCAAAAGAGAAGCCAGAAGAGAAUAGGGAGGGUUUGGUGGCCAAGAACCCUCAUCAGGAGUCUGUCAGAAGGCAAGAGGUAAACAGAGCAGGCCACUUUUAAAGGCCUGAAGGAAAACCAACCACAACCUGCGCCUCAGGAGAGAAAAGUAAAACAGAGGUAGA